CAAAGCAAAGGAGGCUCAGAUGGGAACAAGAGCUGCCGCUGGUCCACGUCUGUAUCAAGAUUUCGUCCCCUCACAUGAGUUGGUUCCAGUGGAAGGAAUCGAUACCCUCGUCGUCAAGCUCCCAGAAUUUAAGAAAGAUCAAAUCAGGAUUCAACUCGAUAACUUUGGGAAUCUGAGGAUAAGUGGAGAACGUCCUCUUGCAGACAACCAGUGGAGUCGAUUCCUCAAGCUAUUCCAAGUCCCAGAGGACUGCAACGUCACCGAGAUCCAAGCCAAGUUUGAGAAUGGGUCUCUCUAUGUAAAAUUACCAAAGUUGAUCACCGAACCCAGUGUGAAAGAUCGGCCUACACAACCUCAGAAACCCAAAGAAAACGAGAAACCUACUUCAAAACCAUCUGUUGAGCCAAAUGGUGUUCCUAAGAAAAAAGAAGAUGAUGAAAAGAGAGAGAAACCAACCGAUACAAGAAAAGAUGCAGAAAAGGAGAGAGAGAAAGAGAAGGAUCAAACCAAAGAGAAGGUUACAAGCGACGUCAAACAAGAAGAGGGUGAGAAAGGUGGUGCAAUAACUGAGGUCCCAAAGGAGGAGGCGGUGACCGAGCGUGCGCUCCCCGGAAAUGGCCAAAAUGGGCUGGAGAAGUUGAAGACUAAGUUGGGUGAAUUGGGCUUGGAUUUCCAUAAGCCAAGUCAGCUCAUGCUUAAUGUACUGGUGGCUGUUGUGGUCUUGGUUGGGGUGGGGUUGUACGUGACCUACAAACGGAGGAGUCCCAUGCAGGAAGAUGGCCACCAAGAUAACUAAGAUUUUCAUGGUUCCAUUAAUGGGACAUUGGAGGCAUUUGUGAUUUAAUUUAUUAAAUGUAUAUGAUACCUAAAAAAGAAAAUAAAGUGUUGAAUUGUUAGCAUUCUUUUAUCU